UUUCACAACUCUUCUCCUCCUCUUCUUACAGUUUCAAUGGAAUACCCAGCCAAAGAAGUAGCCAGAGAGAUCCCUCAUGUGGUUCGUGUCUACAAGGAUGGCUCAGUCGAACGCCUGGGCGGCUCGCCCUACGUGCCACCAUCACUCAACCCAGAUCCAGAUACUGGUGUCUCAUCGAAGGACAUAACCAUCUCUGAAAACCCAAAAAUCUCUGCUCGUCUCUACCUCCCAAAAAUACAACCACCAGACCAAAAACUCCCGAUCUUGGUCUAUUUCCAUGGCGGCGCCUUUUGCGUCGAAUCCGCCUUUUCGUUAAUGGAACAUAUUUACCUUAACCGUCUAGUCUCUCAAGCCAAAGUAGUUGCCGUCUCUGUAGAUUACAGACUGGCUACAGAGAUUCCUCUCCCUGCAUCAUACGAGGACUGUUGGGCAGCUCUCGACUGGGCCGCAUCUCAUUCAACUGCAGCCCAAAUCGACGAGCCCAAUAAAGAUCCAUGGCUGUUGAAGUACGGCGACUUUGACAGGCUUUACAUAGGAGGCGACAGCUCUGGAGGUAAUAUAGCUCAUAACAUAGCCAUGAGAGCAGGAUCGGAGAAAUUACAAAAUGAUGUGAAAGUAUUGGGUGCUUUCAUUAAUCAUGCUUAUUUUUGGGGCUCAAAACCAAUUGGAUCUGAGAAUGAUAGUGAUAAUCCCCGGCCAUAUGAGAUUUUGGGCUUAAAAACGUAUGGGACAGAACCUGGUGUUGAUCAUGAAAACAGCUUUCCAGCUUUGGUAUGGAAGUUUGUUUACCCGUCGGCGCCUGGAGGUCUUGAUAAUCCGAUGCUCAAUCCAGAGGGUCCCGGGGCGCGGAGCCUGGAGAAGCUUGGGUGUUCGAGGUUGAUGAUUUGUGUUGCUGGGAAAGAUGAACUGAGAGACAGAGGUGUUCGGUACUUUGAAUUGGUGAAGGAGAGUGGUUGGAGUGGCGAACUGCAGUUCUAUGAAGAUGAAGGGCAAAUCCAUGGUUUUCACUUUCAAGAUAUCGAAUGUGCUAACAACAUGUUCGAACGCUUGGCUUCGUUUCUCAAGUAAUCAGUGUCGAGAAAUCUAUGCGAUUCUCAAUAAUAAAUAAAAUUCUCUGCUUUGAUCGUUGGC